UGUUUUCCAGGAUGGCGUCCGCUGAUCUGAGAGAAGAGUUAAACUGCUCCGUCUGUCUGAAUAUUUACAUGGAUCCGGUAAUGCUGAGCUGCGGACAUAACUUCUGCAGAGCCUGUAUCGGGAAUGUGCUGGAUUCACAGGAGGGAGCUGGAGUUUAUACCUGUCCUGACUGCAGAGCAGAGUUUCAGGAACGUCCUGUUCUGCAAAGCAACCUGAAGCUGCGUAACAUUGCAGAUAAUUUUGUUUCUAAACAGCCAGAAAAAGAGGAUUCUGGGAUAUUCUGUACUUACUGCGUUCACACUCCUGUACCUGCAGCUAAGACAUGUCUGCACUGUGAGGCUUCCCUGUGUGACGUCCACCUGAGUGUACAUAGCAAGUCUGCCACACAUGUCUUAACUGACCCCAUUUCAUCCCUGGAGAACAGAAAAUGCUCCGUCCACAAGGAGCCCCUGAAAUAUUACUGCUCUCAGGACGCAACCUGUGUCUGUGUGACAUGUAUGAUUUUGGGGGAUCACAGGGGACAUCAAGUUUGUACAUUGAAUGAGGCAUCUGGGAAGGAGAAGGAGAAAAUGAGAAAUGUUUUGGAGAAACUGAACCUAAAGUUGGAGGAAACUAAGAUAAAACUUCAGAACCUGCAGGAGCGCAAGAGCGAAGUACAAGAUAAAGCUGCCGGGGUAACUGAGAGAGUCUCUGCUUUUUUUCGUGAUAUCAGGAAACAGCUGAAAUCCAUAGAGAAGCGAAUCCAGAGUGAGAUCUCCCAGCAGGAAGAGCAGAUCUCACUCCGAGUCUCGGAUGUAAUACAGCGGCUGGAAAUAAAGAAGGAGGAUCUUACCAGGAAGGUGGGUCACAUUGAGGAGCUGUGUGACAUGACGGACCCACUAACUGUCUUACAAGGAUGGCAAGCAGACAGCGCUGACUUUAAUGAUCAUGAAGAUGAUGGGGAGACAGACGGAGAUAAUGACACAUCUUCUGCUGUAGGGGAUCUGGAUGAGGUUCUGGUCUCAUUGAACCUACAGCGUGAAUUAAAUGAUGUCAUCGAUGAUGCAAUGAUAAAGAAUGGACUCCAUGUGCCGGAGUUUUCAGACCUUUUAUUAGAUGUAAACACGGCUGCUAAUGAUGUAUCUGUGUCAGAAGAUUUAAAAACGAUAUCCAGAUCUGAUGUAAAGCUGAACCGACCGCAAAGAUCUGAGAGAUUUCUUAAUUAUCAGGCUUUUAGUAAAAGAACAUUUUUGUCGGGGCGACAUUACUGGGAAUUGGAGACCAGCGAUACAGCACUUAUUGCGAUAGGAGUAUCUUAUCCCAGCACAGAGAAGGAAGGCCGUAAUUCCCUCAUAGGGAAUAAUAAUAAAUCCUGGUGUUUGUACAUGUCUGAUACAGGCUAUGCUGUGUUACAUGACUCAAAGCCAUAUCCGUUACUCCCUGCUCCCUCCUGCCAUAGAUUCGGGAUAUAUCUGGACUAUGAAGCUGGCCGGCUCUCAUUCUAUGAGCUGUGUGACCCAGUCAGACAUUUAUACACCUUCACUGCCGCCUUCACUGAGCCUCUACAUGCUGGGUUUGUGGUUAAUGAUAAAGGCUGGAUUAGAAUCAGGCCUUUGUAUCUAUAUACAGAAAAUCACCGCAGUUUAUUAUCAGAAUCCCACAAAUCAUUCAGCAUCAACUCAUCUAUAAUUUACUGGGGGAUCUGA